GAAUAUUUUGUAAGUUAAAUGAAAUAACUCAAUUGAAUGUAUAUGAAUCCAAGAUCAAAUCCUUGUUUUUAGCGGUGUUCAUGAGGAAUAAUAUCUACUAAACUUUAAUAACAAAAAAAAUUAUGACAGAAUCAAACUAAUAUUAAAUUGGUAAAACAUAGAUUUAGUAUGUAUAGGGCUGUAAUAUUUCUGAUUUGGGGCAGACCCUGUGAGCUGGAGUAUAUUACUUAAGCGUCGGUCUUUAACCGAUCGCAGAUUACGUGAGGGAACGUAAACCUCAAGGAGAGUGUUAAGGUAGGAGGGUGCUGUUCCAGACAAGGUCUUCUACGUGAGCAUCAGGGCCUUGAAUUUGAUACGGGCGGCUACAGAAAGCCAGUGGAAGGAGAUGAAGAGGGGUUUAACAUGGGUCCUUUUGAGCUGGUUGAAGCCGAGGCGUGCUGCUGCAAGGGGUUUGAUGGAGCUGGCUGUGAGGCCCGAGAGUAGUGAGUUGCAGUAAUCCAGUUUUGAAAUAACAAGAGCCUGAACUAGUAUCUGUGUAGCUUGUUUGGUGAGGUAGGGUCUGAUUUUCUUGAUGUUUAUACAGAAUGAACCUACAGGACCGUGCAAGUUUAGAACGUGUCGUAAGUGAAAAUUUGUCUCGCUGUACAUCAUCUAGACGUAUUUCUGGCAAAUGUAGAAGGGACUGGGUAAACUCCAUAGCGUUCCACUAUGCUGGCGGAAGUAACCAUACACCGGUUUGAGUCAGGACGGAUGUUGCGUGACGUCAUGCGAAAAAGGUAUAUUCUCUGAAGUACACUUCAAAACACAGGGACAGAGCAGGAGAGCGCACGCGACAAUAUAGCAUUGCAGAUGUAGGAGAUGAGAGAGAGUCCAGCACAAAAUUAAAGCUUACCCCUGUGCAGGCUUUUCUUUAAGCUACUUUUUUUUUUUUUUUGCAAGGGAUUUUUUUAGGGGGGGGGGGAACCCGUCGCAAAAUAUUAAAGCUAGGCGCCAUCUGGAUCCCUGUAAACAUCCAGGCUCUUUCCCACUUCACGUCACGUGCACUAGGACAGAGCCUUAGGCCAUGACGUAACGCAAACCUGUUCCGACGUUCCGUGCACGCGCCGCUUCCUGCGCACGUCCUAUUGGUUGAGCAUCCUCCAUAUUUGCCAUUCAGACACGCCCACAAGCGCGCGCUCCCGACAGCGGCUUGGGCGAAAAGAGGGGAACUUUUCAGUGGGCUGCGGUUGCACUCGCGUGCGCUUCUAUGUGAGCCGCUUAACGUUAUUGAUUCCCAGCGGUCAUUUUAUAGUAAUAACAAAAAUCAGCAUGACGAAUAAACGACACGCUCUGUGAGAAUAUGCCACUACGGUCAGGUGAGUUGUUAUUUAAUAGUUGCAUAAUGAAUAGUAAUUCAUCAACAGAUAUUUUGUCGUUGAGAAUGACUUUUGCUUUUGUCGCUUUGGCAUUUUCUCCACCAGGUGCAAUUUCUGUCCUCGUGACGUCUCAGUGGCGUCUCAUUAACUUCACAUUGCAUCUCAUAACCAGCUGUGAGUAAAGGCCCAGGGUGUCUAGGAGGGACACAGCUCUGGAAAAAUACAGGCAGCUGUUGAGGUGAGGCAGGAUCAUGGAGGCAGGCAGCGGCACUGCUGCAGCGCCACACAACGCGGCUCCCGCGCCUCCAGGAGACAUGGCAAUUCCCGAUCCCCUCCACGGCCCCCACUCGUCAGAGCAGGAGAAGGAUGAGCAGGAGAGGAGGCCGAAGACAGCAGAGAGCGCAGGCUGGGAGGAUGCCAUCGCUCUUAUGGCGAGGAGUGCGACCGUGCUACCAGAGCUGUCUGCUGACUCGUCUCUCCGCUCAUGCAUCAGCACAGCCAGCAUCAAGGUCGAGAACGUGAAAAAGCUGCCUCUCAGUAAAGGCCAUUUCCCCCGCCUGGCAGAGUGCGCCCACUUCCACUAUGAGAACGUCGACUUUGGCUCUCUGCAGCUAACUCUGACUGGUGAUGAGAACGAUCUGACUCGCAGCAGCCUCAACUCCAGGGAACUGGUGUAUCUUGUCCAGAUUUGUUGCCAGGGGAAGAAGUGGAUUGUGAAACGGUCAUAUGAAGACUUUCGGGUGCUCGACAAGCACCUCCAUCUCUGUUCAUAUGACAGAAGGUUUUCUCGGCUCAUGGAGCUUCCUCGAUUUGAAAACCUGAAGGUCAAAUCAGAGCCUCUUUCCCAGAUGCUUACUGCCUACCUUUCCCGUCUCUCAACCAUCGCUGACAACAAGAUAAACUGUGGGCCUGCCUUGACAUGGAUGGAGAUUGAUAAUAAAGGAAACCGCCUGCUGGUCCAUGAUGAGUCCUCCAUUAAUGUUCCAGCUGUCGCUGCUGCUCACGUCAUAAAGCGCUAUAAUGCCCAGGCUGCUGAUGAACUCUCUUUCGAGGUUGGAGACAUAGUUUCAGUCAUAGACAUGCCUCCAAAGGAAGACACUGGAUGGUGGAGAGGAAAACAUGGCUUUAAGGUGGGAUUUUUCCCUUGUGAAUGUGUGGAACUGAUCAGUGAGAAAGUUCCUCCACAAGUGACUGGUGCACUGCCAAAACCAGUGUCUAAUAAGCAUGGGAAGCUGAUCACAUUCCUGCGUACUUUCAUGAAGUCGAGGCCUACGAAACAGAAGCUGAAGCAGAGAGGCAUUCUGAGGGAGAGGGUGUUUGGGUGUGACCUGGGAGAGCACCUCCUCAAUUCAGGUCAUGAUGUCCCUCAAGUCAUCAAGAGCUGCGCUGAGUUUAUUGAAAAGCAUGGGGUUGUAGACGGCAUUUACCGCUUGUCUGGGAUUUCCUCUAACAUUCAGAAACUACGGCAUGAGUUUGACUCGGAACACAUUCCAGACCUCACUAAGGACACGUAUAUCCAGGACAUCCAUUCAGUAGGGUCCCUUUGCAAGCUCUAUUUCCGCGAGCUUCCGAACCCCCUGCUCACCUACCAGCUCUAUGACAAAUUCUCAGAAGCAGUAUCGGGAGCUACAGACGAUGAAAGGCUGGUCAAAAUCCAUGAUGUCAUUCAGCAGUUGCCUCCUCCACACUACAGAACACUCGAGUUCCUCAUGAGGCACUUGGCUCGAAUGGCGACCUUUAGUUACGUCACCAACAUGCACUGCAAGAACUUGGCAAUUGUCUGGGCUCCCAAUCUCCUUAGGUCAAAACAAAUAGAGUCAGCCUGUUUCAGUGGCACAUCUGCCUUCAUGGAGGUGCGCAUUCAGUCAGUGGUAGUGGAGUUCAUCCUCAAUCACGUUGAUGUCCUCUUCAGCUCCAAACUCAGCACUCUGAUCCGUGAAAGCACAGGCCAUGCCACUUUGUCCCGGCCCAAGUCUCUGCUCGUGUGCUCCCCAUCCACUAAGUUGCUGUCUCUAGAAGAGGCACAAGCCCGGACUCAGGCCCAACUCGCCUCUCCUGUCUCCCCUGAAAGCAAGUACAUUGAAGUGGGAGAGGGUCCUGCUGCCCUGCACGGAAAAUUCCACACCAUCAUCGAGUUUCCCACGGAAAGAAAGAAGGUCCAGACAAAGGUAAAGAAAUCACCUGUGGCAAGCUGGCGUUCAUUCUUCAGUAUGGCAAAGUCAUCUACCACGGCCAAGCGCAAGCUGCUCCGUCAUCCCAGUGAGCCCAAUAACAUGAAGACCCCACAGGCCCUGUCAGGUGGUAGAGGAGAUACUGGAACACUACGAUCAUCUAAAAGUGAAGAAUCGCUGUCAUCAAAUAAUCUUGAGGGUGGAUCAGCGAUGUAUCAGGCACGCAGGCCUCGCUCUACUAGUGUUGCCUUGUCCACUUCCUUCAAUGAAGAGCUGCUAAACAAUCGAGUCCACAGGGACUCUCUGUUAAGCCAUAAAGAAAGGAAAGACACAGCUUUGUCCACCACUUGUGUGCCUGCUCUCAUAUCGGCCCCACACUCUGCUGAUGCAGAUAUUGGCAAGGCUUCUCUAGACUUUGACCCAAUUUCGUUUCAGUGCAGUACAACACCAAUUGAUGCUUCCAUGUCUGACGAAAGAAAAAGAGGCAGCAGACGGAAGACUGGAGGCAGUUCCUGUGAAUCAGAAACCUUGAAAAAAGUCACCCCUACAGGACCAUCUGAUGCAAUCCCAACAGUUUCAGAGGACACAAAUCAUAAGCACUCAAUGUCAGCGAAAUUUGCAACAACUAUUACAGCUAAAGAAGACCGGACAUCCUCUCAGACUGCUCCUGUGGGUCUCUCCCACAAACCUGAGGUUGCAUUAGAGAUGAAAACUCUGUCUGUGCCUCCCACUGAAGUGGUAUCACCCCAGGUCAUGCCCAGUGACUCAACAUUGGGACAAGAUUGUCAAAACAAACCUUCUUCUUUACUCCGGACAGAGGCUGAAAGCCUUGAUGAAACUCCCAGUGAAGAAACAAGACCAGUGAAGCAAACAGAAUCAGGUGCUGUGACCUUUGACUGCACUCCCGGGCUGGUAAGAUCAGUAUCUCUCAUAACUUCCCAGCCUGCUGUAAAGAGUGCUGCACGUAUGUUGGCUCUGGCCUUGGCCGAAUCGGCGCAACAGGCCACCUGGCUGAGCAAACGAGGGAGCUCAGAACCACCAACUCCUGUUUCUCCAAGUCGCAUCCAGGACCCACUUUCCAUACUGCAGUGGCCUGCAAAACCUUCUCCACAAGUCCAAACAUCAUCCGCCAGUAGAGGACUUUGCUGUGGCACUUGCAAAACGUUUGGAAAACCUUCAAGUGUUAUCUCUACAGGGAGUUACACUGAUGCCGGCAGCCUGCAGAGCACCUGCGCAUGUCAUGGCAGCGAGAGCGGACUUAGCUACUCUGAUGGAGGUGAAGUUUCUGCUGAAAGUCAUGAAACAAAUUUGCCCUCCCUGGACUUGCCUGUUGCUAAAAGUUUAGAUACUCAGCAGAAUGCUGAAAGCCAUGUGCCCAUGAGAGAAAAUGUCCGCCAUGUUGGAGUUGGUACAGAUGGUGGUAGCCCAGACCGAAGCUCUGAGAUGGAGUCAUACAAGAACCGGAUGCCCUCUCCCUCACAGACGGAGACAUCACUCUAUACCGUUGACAGUCAGUCAGCCAGGGCUUCUCUUCUCAACAAGCAAGCUGCCAAUGCUUCCAACUACCAUGUGAUAUUAGCUGAAGCUUCUAUGCCAGCUUCAGUGCAUGAUGUUCUUCCACAACCUCCAGUUUCUCCUCUGACUUCCACUUACCAGUGCAGCCCCAAAGAUGAGAUGUUAAGGCCAUCAGGUCAAACUUACUGGUCGGGUCCAUUUGGACAGACCAGUUCUUUUCAGCCUGAUUACAUGCAGUACCAAGCUAAGAUCUUCUCCAAGGAUCACUACAACACCCUGGCACCAAGGUCCCUACACCAGUCUAUUAAAUACAAGAGUCAACAAAGGAAUGAACACUCUCCAAGCUUCCUUUACAGACAGUGUGGUCCAAGAUACCCACCAAUGGAUGGUGCGUCUGUGUAUCCCACUAUUCGUAGGGUGCGCUCCAUGCAUGCACCACCAGAGGACACGUUUUUCUUCCCGCAGCCAUCUUACCAGACCAAUACUUACCGCAGACAAGUUUUCUCAGAUAUCCACCAAGUGAGGCCUUAUUUUGAGGAUGGUAAAGUUCAAUAUAGGUACAAGCCCUAUUCAGGAGCGCAGUAUAACAACCUGGAUCAGUAUCGAGUAAGCAGUCAUGGAUAUGGCCACUCCUACACCCUCCUCAGACAGCCUACCAAUCCUGGUAGAGUGAAGAGCAAAGCUGAGAACUAUCACAACCCCCUCAUCAACAUGGCCUAUAGCAGAGAAGCUAGUUUUAUAAAACAAGGCACUGGCCAUUUUCCAAGAACAAGAAAUGUUGGUCUGUAUGAGGGUUUUGAUGCUGGAUUAUCAGAUCGACAUUUCAGUCCAUCUAUUAGACAAGGAAAUAUGGAGAAGAAGAGACUGCAAGUUGUUGUCCCCCAGCCCCAUCUUCAGAAAGAGAGCCAGUGUGGCCAAGAAACAAUGCACAGUAGGAGUAAAUCUGAUUCAGCCAAAGAUUUGCUUAUUUCUACUGAGGGGGCUGAUGGGAAAUACAGGGUUACCAUGGUGUCUCAUUACUCCCCUGAACACCCACUCUCUGAACCUAACAUACCCCUUCCCACUCAGACAGAGAAACAUAGGAGUGGGCACAGUGCCAAACCUGCCCUGACGCUAAAGCAAAGUCGGUCUAUGCAGAACUACACUCAGCACACGCUAGAGGCCUUGCCACAAUCGCGUAAGCUAACUCUGCAUAAAGAAUACAGCUGCCCUGAUUUUAAACACCGCGAUUCUUCUGAGCACAGCAGUGGCCGACUUCAUAGCCAGGAUAAGCUGAUUAGGAUCCACGGCAGCCAUGCUAAAGAGGACUUUCAAUACGCUUGGGUUAAGGGACGCGAUUUGCAAAGAUCAGCGAGGUCACAGAGCAUGAAAAGUCAUCAACAACCCAGACAAGCCAAAAUGACACUGGAGCAUGAUCAAAGAUUUUCAUAUCCUGUCCAGACCAGGCCGAGGACUCGUAGCAUGUUUGCGCCGUCUCGUACUGAUUACAUGGAUGGUUAUGUGUCUUUGCAGCCCAAGGUACAUGGCAUUUUCCCAAACUAUGGCUGCAUGCCUCCUCAGACUAACAGACUGUACUCUACAGCUAUGGGUACCGGACGCUUUCUUCACUCUGAGAUUAGGCCUGAGACAGAAAUAUAUGCUGAAUGAUAUUUACUAAUGGAUGUGUAUGGGGGAGUGGUAUUUUGUUGUUCAGAGUCUAUUAUAUAUAUAUAAAAAAAGAGAAGCAUUACAUGUAUUUUAAUAUGUUAUGAAAUUUUACUUGUGCAUAACACCAUAUUAAUACACAUCAAAUUACACCAUCAGUCAUAGAGUUUGAUGAACAUCAAGUCACUUGGCAUUUUUACUAGUUAUGAAGAAAAUGUCUAUAAAUUAUUUGUAAUAGCUAAAAUAAGUAAUUUUAUUCAAUAAGACAUUAUUAGUCAUUCUUCAUCCGUCCAUCCAUUUUCUAUACCACUUAUUGUACAGGGUCACGGGGAACCUGGAGCCUGUCCCAUGGAGCAUGGGACACAAGGCGGGGUACACCCUGGACAGUGUGCCAAUCCAUCGCAGGGCACAUUCACAUACCCAUUCACACACCCAUUCAUACACUAUGGACAUGCCAAUCAGUCUACCAUGCAUGUCUUUGGACUGGGGAAGGAAACCGGAGUACCUGGAGGUUACCCCCGCAGCACGGGGAGAACAUGCAAACUCCCCACACACAGGGUCGAGAUAGGAAUUGAACCCCCAACCCUGGAGGUGUGAGGCGAACAUGCUAACCACACAGUGUGCCAAGUCGUUCUUCAGCUGUUUCUAAUUUCAUAACUAUUAAAUAAAUCUUCUGAAAUAAAUUUCAACGUAUCACUUGGUCUUACAAGGUAUUAAUUAACUGAUCAAACUGGUAUUUGAUUAGUCUUCAUAUGUCUUUGAGCUGCUUUGAUGUUAUACCACAACACCAAAUGGCAUCCAAGGAACAGUUUCACAAAUUCUUAAUGUCUUUUGUGUCUUUUUAUAUAGUGACUCCAAAAUCUAUGAUGAAUGCUGUCAGCACAUCUGCGGGUAAUUUAAUAUGGAAUAACAAUUUAUUGUUGUAGACACUGUAAGGCCCUGAUUUACUAAGUUUCAAAAUAAUGUGGUAAUUUGUGUGUGCAAUGGGAUAAAUUGCAAAUUCAAAUCUCAAAGAUUUCUGGAAUAAUAAACUGAAUUUGAAAGCAUGACAAAGACUAGUGAGACGGGUUGAAAUACUCUUCAAAACACAUUGUGAAUAAAUGAAUCCAAGAUUGUCAACAUGUUAAACUAUUCAAAGACUCUAAAUGCCUUUGGCAUUAGAACAUGCAGUGAAUAUCUCGGCUCAAUCAGAAAAACAUUCAGAUUUUUUCCCUAUUGCUCAAUUGUGCUCAACUUUCUAUAUAAUUUUAUCUUCUGGAAAUGUAAUA